GAUCGAGUCCAAGUUUUAGGCUCUUAUAAUAAGUAGUAUUAAGAAGUAUAAAUAGCAAGAUUGGAAGGAAGGCCGGCCUGCCUUACACUUCUUGCAUCGUCAUCAAAUUCUUGGUUUCGUCGAUCUCAUUUAUUGGAAAUGUUUUGUUGGACAGAGGGCAUGAAGAGGAGAAGCAGAGAAGGUGGAGAGAGAAUGAUGUUCCAAUGCAAGACUUGUAAUCGCAAAUUCUCAUCUUUUCAAGCACUGGGAGGACACCGAGCGAGUCACAACAAGAAGAGACCAGGAUUAAUGGGACUUGAACCGCCUAACAAAAAAGUAGUAGUGGUAGUUGAAAGCAUGAAUAAGAUGCAUGGCUGCUCUGUUUGUGGCCGUAAGUUUGGUAAUGGACAGGCUUUGGGUGGCCAUAUGAGGAAGCAUAAUAGAUCCACUCCUACUCUUACUCAUCAUCACCAAAGCAGCUUUAUUCCAAUUCCUACUAGUUUCUCAUUGGACUUGAACUUGACACCAUUGGAGAAUGAUUUGGGCCUUCUUUUUCAGCUUUUAGAAGCUGGUUCUUUAUGAUUUUUUUUAUAUAUAUUUUUUUUGAACUUUACUUGUAUUAACAUUUUUCAUUAAUUUAUUGAAUAAUAGAUCCAUGUAUGUAUGUAUAAUUGUUUCCUACCUAACUGAUUAUUAGA